AUGGAUGCUGGACACAUCAUUCUGGGAAGGCCAUGGCAAUCUGAUAGGCGUGUCUUGCAUGAUGGCUUCACAAACAAGUACACUUUCCUUCACAAGGGGCACAAGACCAAUCUCAUUCCCUUAACCCCUCAAGAAGUGUAUGAAGAUCAAGUUCAGUUGAGUGGCCAAAAGACUAAACCUCAAGCCAAGAAGGAACCAACCAAAUCCAGCAAGUCCCUGAACUAUCUGGCCAAAUCCAAACAGGAUUUCCAGGAUGUGUUUCCAGAGGAUUGUCCCAAGGGAUUGCCACCAGUCAGAGGCAUUGAGCAUCAAAUAGACUUUGUCCCUGGAUCCACUCUUCCAAACCGUCCAGCAUACAGAACCAAUCCAGUGGAAACCAAAGAACUCCAGCGCCAAAUUGAUGAGCUUAUGGAUAAGGGUCACAUCAGGAAAGCAUGA